AUGUUCCCUAAAGAACACCAGAAGAAGACAAUGUUCCCUAAAGAACACCAGAAGAAGACAAUGUUCCCUGAAGAACACCAGAAGAAGACAAUGUUCCCUAAAGAACACCAGAAGAAGACAAUGUUCCCUAAAGAACACCAGAAGAAGACAAUGUUCCCUAAAGAACACCAGAAGAAGACAAUGUUCCCUAAAGAACACCAGAAGAAGACAAUGUUCCCUAAAGAACACCAGAAGAAGACAAUGUUCCCUAAAGAACACCAGAAGGAGACAAUGUUCCCUGAAGAACACCAGAAGAAGACAAUGUUCCCUAAAGAACACCAGAAGAAGACAAUGUUCCCUAAAGAACACCAGAAGAAGACAAUGUUCCCUGAAGAACACCAGAAGAAGACAAUGUUCCCUAAAGAACACCAGAAGAAGACAAUGUUCCCUAAAGAACACCAGAAGGAGACAAUGUUCGCUGAAGAACACCAGAAGAAGACAAUGUUCCCUGAAGAACACCAGAAGAAGACAAUGUUCCCUAAAGAACACCAAAAGGAGACAAUGUUCCCUGAAGAACACCAGAAGAAGACAAUGUUCCCUGAAGAACACCAGAAGAAGACAAUGUUCCCUAAAGAACACCAGAAGAAGACAAUGUUCCCUAAAGAACACCAGAAGGAGGCAAUGUUCCCUAAAGAACACCAGAAGAAGACAAUGUUCCCUAAAGAACACCAAAAGGAGACAAUGUUCCCUAAAGAACACCAGAAGAAGACAAUGUUCCCUGAAGAACACCAGAAGAAGACAAUGUUCCCUAAAGAACACCAGAAGAAGACAAUGUUCCCUAAAGAACACCAGAAGAAGACAAUGUUCCCUAAAGAACACCAGAAGAAGACAAUGUUCCCUAAAGAACACCAGAAGAAGACAAUGUUCCCUAAAGAACACCAGAAGGAGACAAUGUUCCCUGAAGAACACCAGAAGAAGACAAUGUUCCCUAAAGAACACCAGAAGAAGACAAUGUUCCCUAAAGAACACCAGAAGAAGACAAUGUUCCCUAAAGAACACCAGAAGAAGACAAUGUUCCCUAAAGAACACCAGAAGGAGACAAUGUUCCCUGAAGAACACCAGAAGAAGACAAUGUUCCCUAAAGAACACCAGAAGAAGACAAUGUUCCCUAAAGAACACCAGAAGAAGACAAUGUUCCCUGAAGAACACCAGAAGAAGACAAUGUUCCCUAAAGAACACCAGAAGAAGACAAUGUUCCCUGAAGAACACCAGAAGAAGACAAUGUUCCCUGAAGAACACCAGAAGAAGACAAUGUUCCCUGAAGAACACCAGAAGAAGACAAUGUUCCCUGAAGAACACCAGAAGAAGACAAUGUUCCCUGAAGAACACCAGAAGAAGACAAUGUUCCCUGAAGAACACCAACACACUCACCAUACAAGUGUCAGAUACACAGAAAGAGUCCCUACAGCUCCCGGUGGCUCCAAUUCCCGACACCUUCAAAACAGUAAAUUGCUCUUGCAAAGAGAGGCUGUUUGUCCUGAUGCCACAUCUCUGUCCAAAGCGCUGAUUGUGUAA